AUGGCCUCAGACACAGAUCAAGAGCCACUUGUCAAUAUCAACGGUCAACUUCAAUCUUAUUACCACUCUUUUGAAUCACGAAUUGGUUAUCGGCUCGUGCUCGGGGGUACUCGACAUUUCGGUUAUUACGAAUAUGAUACCUGGUGGCCAUUCCCCAUCAACAGGGCCUUACGCGCGAUGGAAGAUAAGAUGGCAGAAUCGUUAAGCUUACCAUCGGGAGCAUACGUUCUUGAUGCGGGUUGUGGAGUCGGCCAUGUUGCGAUGCACCUGGCAGGUAAAUACGGCUUUAAAGUCCAGGGUAUCGACGUUGUUCAACACCACCUGGACAAAGCCAACCGUAAUCUCGCUCGGUCAAGCCUUCCCAAGAAUCAGGUGAAUGUGAGAAAAAUGGACUACCACCACCUGGAAAGUUUUGGAAGCGACACUUUUGAUGGAGUUUACACAAUGGAAACAUUUGUUCAUGCUACAGACCCUGAGGCUGUUUUGGCUGGUUUCUUUCGCAUACUCCGGCCCGGUGGUCGCAUUUCUUUGUUCGAGUAUGACCACGACGAACUAACCGACGAUACCCCUGAGCCCCUUGUACGUUCCAUGCGCGAAAUCAACAAGUUUGCAGCGAUGCCAACAAAUACUCUUUCAAACCCUGGUGUGUUUAAACAAAUGCUUGAAGAUGCCGGAUUCGCGGAAGUCGUCGUACGCGAUUACUCGGAAAGGAUCAAACCAAUGGCAAGACUUUUCUACCUUCUUGCCUACAUUCCUUUCCUGGUUAUUACCUUCUUUGGCUUAGAGCGGUAUUUUAUCAAUACUGUUGCUGGGGUUCAGAUGUAUCGGGGUCGUGGCCUUUGGCGGUAUUUAGCCAUCUCAGCGAAGAAACCAGGACCUCCAAUUGAGGCAGGAAAAGAGCGAUGA